UGCAUUCUUUUAUUUUACUUCGUGACUAUAGUUGGUAGCGGUACGAAAAUAUAUUCAAUAAAAAGUCCAUAGUUUUGUAACAAUACCAUUUUGUGAGACACCAAUAAUUGGAUCAAAAUGCAAGUGCUUAGAAAAAGUAUCACCUUGAGUGCGCGAAACAAAAAUAUAAUAAGAUGUGCAAAUCGGCUCGCUUGUCCUAUGCUUGAUCAAAAGAAAAAUGCAAAAUCAUUUUAUGACAUACCGGGACCAGCGAGCCUUCCGUUUUUGGGACCAAUCCAUAAUUUUUUGCCUGGAGGAAAACUGGCAGGCUACAAAGGGGUGAAAUUAUCUGAACGUCUUUACAAAUUGUAUGGGCCUAUUGUGAGACUCAACGCAAUCCUUGGAGGAUACAACACUGUAUUCCUAUUCGAUCCUGAUGCAAUUGAACAUGUUCUAAGAUCUGAAGAGCCAACCCCAGCGCGACCAUCUAUGGAGACCUUGGAAUACUAUCGCAAUAGAUACAACAAGACUUAUGAUCCUAAACGAAUUGUGGGACUUAACGAUCAUGGAGAAAGAUGGAGAGAAUUCAGAACAAAAGUGAACCCAAUAAUGAUGCACCCGCAAACUAUUAAAAAGUAUGAGAAUGUACUGGAAGAAAUAUCUAACGACAUGGUUGCAAGGUUGAAAACGCUUCGUGACGAAAACCAUAAAAUAACAAAGAAACUCGACGUAGAAAUGAACCUAUGGGCUUUAGAGUCCAUAGGUGUAGUGGCACUCGGCACCCGCCUCAACUGCUUCGAUCCAAAUUUACCUGCAGACUCGCCAGUCAGAAAACUGAUACAAAAUACUCACGAUAUUUUCAGUAUAUCUGACAAGUUGGAUGUCAAUCCGAGCUUUUGGCGGUUGUUUUCAACACCUAACUUCUAUAAAGCAAUGAAUUUUUAUGAGGAACAUGACAAGUUAACGAAAUAUUUCAUUGAUCAAGCAAUUGAAAAAAUAGAGGCGACCAAGAGGAAUUCAGAGAAGACUCCUUCUGAAAAGCCAAUUUUAGAGAAAUUAUUAGAAAUUGACGUUGAAACAGCUCGCGUGAUGGCAUCUGAUAUGCUUAUGGCGGGAAUAGCUACGGCAUCAAACACAGUCCUAGCCACACUCUACCUCAUCGCAACAAAUCCAGAAAAGCAAAAGAAGCUACGAGAAGAAGUACUGAGCAAGCAGAUGAGGAAACCGUACCUCCUGGCCUGCAUUAAAGAGUCCAGGAGAAUGCUGCCAGUGGUCAUCGGGAAUGUCAGGCUGGUGAAGAAACAGUACAAUCUGCUGGGAUAUCAUAUUCCAAAAAAUACUCUGGUGUUAUUCUUACACCAAUACAUGUCAAGGAUGAGCGAGCAUUAUCCGAGACCAGACGAGUUCCUCCCGGAAAGGUGGCUAACGGACAAGGAAGAUCCUCUACAUUACAGCCACACACACCCGUUUGUGACUGCUACGUUUGGAUUCGGUGUUAGGAUGUGUGUAGGUCGCCGUAUCGCACAACUAGAGACAGAAAUUAUCCUGUCCAAAAUCAUAGAAAACUUCGAGCUGGACUGGCCAAGCGACGACCCUUUGCAUAUAAUUCCGACAUCCCUGAACUAUAUUACAGAACCUUUUAACUUCGUUUUCAAAGACCUAUAGGAUCGGAAACUGUAGUGUUAAGUAUUAUGCCUUAUUACUAGAGAGCGGAUUACGGGUAGCGAUUUAAAUAUUAAUAUGGAUUUUCUUAAGGCCUCUUACAUCUUGACAGAUGAUUUAAGCAGCAUCUGAAUGCGAGAGACAACGCCUCGCGUGACUAUAUAGACCUAUCCGGGAGCGACAUGCCCGUCCGCAUUUCGUACUAAAAAUAUUUUAAACAAAAAUCAAUCCUAAAAGAUUAAGUUAAAAUUGCAUUUCAAAUAUUUUGGAAUCAACCAAGUACAUAUUAAAUAAAAUGUGAGUUGUAAACAGUUAAGUUAAAGUUGAGUUUUGAAUGGUACUGAGAAGGAUAAAACGAAACGGUAAUUGUUGAGUGGAACGUGCGCCUUUUGGCACCGAAAUCGUUAUUUUGAAGCAUAGAUGUGUAGAACAAUGAAUUUAGCUUGUUUCUACA